GCGUCGCGAAGGGCGCACGUGUUUGCACGAACGAAACGAAUCACGCGUGUGAUGUUUUGAGGAAUUUUUGAAUGUAUCAGUGAUGUGAUUCGUUUUGGAUUGUAUUGCUUUCAGAUGUUUCGUAAUGGUGUAAACAGUAAAGUGGCAAGUUAACAUUAGCGCACUAGUUUACUUUAGUGUGGUGUAGUGUGAGUGUAAUGAAGUGAUAGUGGACACGAUGGCGCCGAAGUUCCUCACACUUCUCUUCGCUGUCAUCUGCUCUCUGGCACACGCUGAAAGAGAUCACGCGUCGUCAUUGGUGGGCAACACUGCCCGACUCCGAUGUCGCAUCGACGGCAAGUCCUGCGGUGAAAUGCACAGUAUCAAGUGGUAUAAGGCCGACACUCGGGUGUACGUGUAUUCGGCUUCGAAGGACGCGGCCAUCAACCGUCCUGAGGGAGAUAUGAUGGACAGGAUGUCAAUUUCCCAUGAGCCAAACGCUACUUUCGCCGAGCUGGUCAUCACCAACGUGAAGGCUGAUGAUGAAGGAGUGUACCGCUGCGAGAUCACCUAUCUGCAGGUCGGGGAGGACUGUAACACCGUGCAAGUCACCGACUUUCAUACUUACAUCAAACCAAAAGCAGUGGAAGUGAUCACGAAUGAUGGAAAAAUAUUGACAAACGGUCAAUCCUACGGGCCACUAUUGGAGCGUGCGAGGGUGAACGUCACUUGUCUGGUGACAGAUGGGAAGCCACAGCCCAAAGUCACGUGGUACUUCAAUGGGAAGGAGCGAUUGGACGCCCAAACAAUAACAGAACAGUCGGUGGUAAAACACGUGCUACCUCUCACCGUGACGCGGACGGAGCUGGACGGCGAGCUAGUCUGCAACGUGUCAUCUGCCGCCCUCGACAAUCCCAUCAUAAGGACACUCAAAUUGGAUGUUAGGGUACCACCAAACAAGAUAGCGAUAUCGGGAGUAGGCGAACAUGUGACGCAAGGAACGCUGUUGACGCUCAUGUGCAGCGUUUCAGGCGCCCGUCCUGCUGCCACCAUCGAGUGGUUCAACGGCACUGAACUACUGACACCAGCAAGUCAAAAUAUACAGCAAAAGGAAAUGGAAUCGAGUGAUACCACAGUGGCCACCAUGUCCAAUCUGACGUUCGAAGCGACGCGGUUCGAGAACGGACGCAGGUUCAUUUGCAAAGCUGUGAACGACGCCAUGAGAGAUAACAAUGAUCAUCCUAUUCAUGCCACGAGGGAACUAGAAGUUUGGUACCCGCCGAUCGUUCACGUGGGCCCGCCCAACAUAACGGUAGUAGAAGGCACCAAGAUCCUACUCAAGAGCGAAUAUGAGAGCAAUCCGUCAUCCCUCACUGAAGUUGUAUGGUAUCGAAAUGGCGAGCGUCUCAACGUAAACUCGAGCCACUACCAAGGAGGAAGCACGGACCAGCACGCGCUGAUCAUUCUCGAUGCUAAUGGAGAUGAUAUGGGGAACUACACCUGUCUGCUCGCCAACGUCGUGGGCAACGGGACCACUGAGGAAAUAAUCAGCGUGAACGUACUAUUCAAGCCCCAAGUUCGUCUAAUAAUGAAUCCAGAGAGUCCAAUUCUGGAAACGGAUCACAAGAAUGUGACAUUGACCUGCGAGGUGGUCUCUGGAAAUCCCUCGGUGCUGGAUGAGGUGAUCUGGUACUUGGACGGAGAGAUCUUGAAGCAUCUGCCCGAAUGUAACGGGACCGACGACAACCUCUGCAACGAAGUGGACCCCUCAAUGCUGCUCCUCCAAGACACGACCAAGAGUUUCCACGGCAACUACUCCUGCAAAGGCAAGAACUACGCCGGCUGGGGAAACGAGAGUCAGAAUACUGAGCUCGUCGUUAACUACCCUCCGGGAGCGGCCAAGUUGACUUACUCCCCUUGGCGAGUGGUGAAGGGCAAGUCUUUGGUGCUGAGCUGUAGCAUCCAGGAGAAAGGCAGGCCUGAAGCCCACAGAUUCCGAUGGCACCGCGGCGGGCGCGUGGUGAGCGACAUCGUGUCCCAGAACUGGACCAUCGACCCCGUGACCUUGGACCAUCGGACCAACUUCUCGUGCCGAGGGGUCAGCGCGGGGGGCGAGGGCGAGCCCGCAUUCGUCAACGUCGACGUCUUGGCGCCACCUAGUUUCAAAUACGCGAUGAACCACUACAGCGGAGCUCUAUACAAAUCUCAAAAUAUAUCCCUGUCGUGCACGGUGGAAUGUGCGCCUCUGUGCAGCGUCCAAUGGCUGAAGGACGGACAGAUCAUUGACCCCGCCAAGACGGACCGAUAUUAUGUCGUCGAUCGGAAGAUCCCUCCCCAAGUCAACAGGAACGACUUCGAGGCCACCGAGUCUACGCUGCACUGGAACAUGUCUUCGUGGCCGGGCGGGGCUCUGUCCCGUUCGUCGGACACGGCUCGCUACACGUGCCGCUCCUCGCGCAACGCCGCCGGGCCCCCCGUCAACUCCACCACCAAGUUCGCCGUCGAGUAUGAACCGGAAAAUAUAACGGUGAUGCCUAAAGUGGUUUCGGUGAUCGAAAACGAAAUUCCAGCCAAAGUCGUGUGUUCUGCGAAGGGAUUCCCCAUGCCCAGCUACAGUUGGCGUCGCGAGCACCUCACGAAGAGCUCGGCCAAGGAGCACUCGAACCGCUCCUUAGUGCUGUCAUCGUCGAACACGCUGCUGCUGGGGCCCAUCGCGAGGAAGGACGCGGGCAACUACGUGUGCGAGGCCUACAACAGGCACGGAGCGGUCAACACUACGGUGUUCAUGGACGUCAUGUUCGUCCCGGAAUGCGGCAUCAAGCAGCAGGAGGUGGACGGGCAGCAGUUGCUGGUCUGCACGGCUCACGCCAACCCCACCGAGGUCUCCUUCUCGUGGAAGCUGAAGAACGACAACGACACGCUGACCGACGAGAAGAUCUGGUCGGAAGGAGCUCAGAGCUUCCUCCGUCUGCGGUCCGGAGUGGACGUGUACCGGACGUACUUGUGCGUCGCCUCCAACGAAGUGGGCGUCUCGAGGCCUUGCGAGAGGGACGUCAUGGCCAACUUGGAUAGUUAUAGCACUAAGGUUUGGUGGCGCGAUCGCCAGAAACUGUUCCUGAUCGGUGGAAUCGCGUUAGCCCUGCUCCUCAUCACCGUGAUCCUGUGCAUUAUCAUUAUCUGCAUCUGCCGACGCAUGAGGGCCAAAUCCAAGUACAAUAAUCCAGUCGAGCUGGAAGAGCGAGAGAAUCCGGACGGUAGCUGUAUAAACGAGGUGUCCAUAGCGCAGUCCAUAAUAUCGCAAGCUUUGCCCGCUUUAUCGCCGCGACUCAAUCUGUCCUUCGGCCCGAAGACCUCCGAUAGGACCAGACUGGUCGAUUCGCAGAACCCACAUUUAGAGAUGAGAGUUCACGAUAAAUCUUCAAAUAGCUUGCAAGCCAGCUUGUCGCAGUUAGAGGCGACGAUCAACGCGAACAGAGCCGACGGGAGCGAAGCGGAGACCGUAGCGGACGACGAGAACGACAGAGUCGAGCCUCUCUCGUCGCCGAACAAGUGGCCUCUGAAGCCCGGCGUGCUCGUUCACGUCAACUCGAACCACACUUUGAGUCCCAAAAACCCCGCCAGACUUCAAAGAGCUCGACCGGCUCGAAACGAAGAGAGCGACUUAGGAUUGUUAGAGCGAAAGAGAAACGACGAAGUUAAGCCUAGGACUGAGCGUUCUAAGAAGAGCGGGGGACCGCUAGCGGGGAUGUUUAAGAACUUCAGAAGAAAAAGCGAUUCGUCAGACGACGACGCCGGAAAGUACAAGAAGAUCAACAAAACGAACAAGAGGGCCGUGUCUCUGAUGAGUAUCAAUAAGAGUUGUGGACCGAAAAGAAUAAGAUCUCUGUUUCAAAGCGAAACUCCGAACGUAAUCGUUACCGAAGGAGUCGUAUCCUUCAAAAGGCCUGACAGAAUGUGCGUAAGCGCUAGAAUUGAACCUCUCAAAGAGACGCAGCAAAACACGAGGAAACGGAAAAAGCCUGGCGACAGCCCUCCUACGAAUGGCGUAGAUAAUGCGGCCAACGGAGCUCUGGGAACGGACAACCCCGGUCUCUAUGAGAACCUGCCGUUCCACGGAUUACAACAACCACCCAACAAGCCAUUCCGGCCGGAGGACCAUUUUGUAUACGCCGAUGUCGAUUUGAAGGAUUAUGGGCCGAUCAACUACAAGGCGGCCUCCAUCUACGCUCAGAUGAAGAAAAUCAAGAAUCAACAGAAAUUACAAGAAAUCCACGACAAAAACAACCCAGACGACGACAUGUUGUGAUCGAGAUAUCUUUUACCAGAGAACCAAAUUUACUAAUCAAUACAUUUAUUUGUAGCGCCUUUUCUCCACGACAAGGACUUCAAGUACUUAUCAACUUUUGUCGAUAAUUUAAAGCAAUAUCUAGAAUUGCGCCUGGCUAGUUGGCCAGCCACUAAAUAAGUUAUGAACUCAAUUUCUGCAAUUAAUACCUAAACGAAAACUAUGCCGAAAAAUUGUCGUGGAGAAAAAGUCUCGUCUGAAAAGUCAGUGGUGACAAUGUUGCAUUUAAUAAUGGACUCCCAUAAAAACCCCACCAAAGUGACCAAAUUCGUUUAAUUCUAAUGUACGUCCCGCUUAAAUAGUGAUGGUGUUUCGUUAAUGUUCGAUAAAACUUGUAUUCAUCCUGUACUAUGUUAACGUUAUAUCAGAGUCGUCUGAUUGACAGUGAUAGGACAGCGAAAUACAGUUCAAAACAGAAUACAGACAUGAAAUGAAACACCUUCACUGCUAUUUAGUUGAGGUUUUGUAAUAACAGAUGGCGUAUUCUCACAACCAAAGAGGGAAACCCGGAUAAAGUAAAUACAAUUAAUGUACAGGUUAGAUGACAGUAGAGAUAUUGUAAAUAAAUGUAGUUUUCAUAAAAUGUACUUGAUAGAGAACACAUAACAGGUGUUAGGGAAUUUAGUCGUAAAUCGUUGGUAACGUUAGUUUGGGCGUCGCUUGUCGUUCGACGUCAAUUGCAUUUCAAAAAUGGUCAAAUUUACAAGAAUUUAGAUGUAUGUUCGCAAAUUCAAAUUUAUUUCAAAAUUUAAAGAUCGGUUAGGGCUUUAAUAUUACGACCGGUUUUUUAGUUUAACGUAUUUUUUAAUGAAUCGGAAACCGCUUCUAACAUUAAAGCCUCGGCCCAUAUCUGGCGUGACUUACCUUUGAAUCUGUUUGGAUAUUUCAAAAUAGAAUUCAGACAAUCAAACAUAAAAGCUACGUAGAUGUCCGAUCUGACUUAGUACCUAAGUAUUAAAAAGUUCAUUUUCUAUACAAAUUAUCAGUCAAUCGUGUUCAGUUAUCGACGCCAGAUUCGGAUCUGAGUCACGUUAAAGAUACGGGCCCUAGUUCACACUCUCCGUCCAAGCGGGAUUGUUUGAUGUUAGCUGCCCCACGCUGAAGUCCUUAAUGCAAUGUUAGGAGAAAAUGAAAAUUCUAACAUUUAAGUUUUUCAAGAAAUACUCAAAGUUUAAUACAUUAUAAGUAUUUUUUUAAUAAAUUUUGCGUUUAACAUUAUUGUUAAAUGACGGCUCCUAAGGAGUUACACGAUUAUCGAAUUUGCUUUAAAACGUUAUUUUUUUAUAUUAUUAACAUUUCAUUUUGUUCCAUAUCGUGACAACAUUGAAAAUUAAUAAAAUAUUAAUCUAGCUAAAAACCCUAACUACUAAUGUUAAUAGAAAUUCAACAAUAUAGACGAUGACCCAGUUUCUGUCGUAGAAUACAUGUAAUUAGGUCAACUACCAGAUGGCGCUUUUUUCAAUUAGAUUUACAUUACAAUCUUUCAAAGUAAUAAUACAAUUUAUUUUUUGAAUCAAUCUGAAACAGGGGGAUGUUGUCUAUAUUUUUGAUUUGAAUUAGAACGGGCGAAGCUCAGUUUUAUUAAAAAGUAAUGUGAAUUAAUUACAAGUAAAAACUUAUGACAGAUUAUUUCUACUUUUUGUGAUAAAUUUUUCGAAUGUAAAUCACACGAUUCUAUGUGAAUUAUUAUUUUUCCGUAAAAGUAUCUUAUCUUUUAUCAAUAUGCGUAGCUGAUGACUAAUAUUAUAUCUAUAAAAGGGAAUUUGAAUUUAUCAACGUAUUAUAUAAUUUUGUGUUAUAUUUCUUUAACAACGGAUAUCAAAAAGAAACAACUACCUAGAUAAAAGUGUUAUCUUCACAUUAAAUCACUAAACGAAGUUAGAAAUUUUGUACAUAAUACAACUUGUUAUAAUAUUAGUGUUAAUAAAAUAAUUUAUGGAUUUUUUCA